UUAAAACUCAUCCGAUAAUUAAACGGACGAACGUUGCUCCAUCUAUAAAAUCAAUUUCAUUUCGGAGUUCAUAUUCAGUUAGUUGGAAGGUGGCAUGACAGAAGCUUAAUACUUUCCAACAUGGCUACGUUCGUGCGACUAGCAAUAUUUUUUGUGCUCGCACUUUGCCCAUUUAUAAUUAAUGCAGUGAAUAGAGAUACUUUUAAAACAUGCGAACAAAGCAGCUUUUGCCGACGCUGCAAAAAAGUCGAACCAGGUAAAACUCCUUAUCAGUUACAGCCGAAUACAGUUGCUCACAAUGAAUCUACUCUAACAGCAGAUUUAUUUAAUAAAGAUACCGGUGUAUUUUAUCUUUUAAAACUUACUGUACUUAAAGAUCAUACAUUUAGGCUUCACAUUAAUGAAAAAAAUCCAUUACAUCCACGAUAUGAAGUCGAGUAUUCUUUACAAGAUCAGCCGCAAACAUCGAAAUUGGAUAAUAUUGAAAAAACUACAGAAUAUAUAUCUGUGACCAAUGGAGAGAACAAAGCUGUUUUAUAUAUCAAUCCUUUUAGAGUAGAUUUAUACUCUCAAAAUGUUUUAGUUAUUUCAGCGAAUGCUCGUGGUUUAAUGAGAUUUGAACAUCUUCGGCCAAAACCAGAAAGCAAAUCAGAACAGGAAGAAAAAGCAGAAAAUAUUCAAACUGAAGAGAAACAGCAAUCACCACAAUAUCCUGGUGAUGGUGCUGAAAGUGACCCUGGUGCUUGGGAAGAAAAUUUUAAAAGUCAUCAUGAUUCUAAACCUUUUGGACCGGAAGCCGUAGCUUUAGAUUUUAGUUUUCCAGGGGCAGAACAAGCUUAUGGUAUCCCAGAACAUGCCGAUUCAUUUGCUUUAAAAUCUACAAAACAAUUAGACCCAUAUAGGUUAUAUAAUUUAGAUGUAUUUGAAUAUGAGGUAAAUGAACGAAUGUCAUUAUAUGGAGCAAUUCCAGUCCUUUAUGCGCAUGGUAAAGAAAAAACAGCAGGUAUCUUUUGGCAUAAUGCAGCAGAAACAUGGAUAGAUAUAUUAUCGAGUGCUGAUAAUAAUGUUGUAGAGAGUUUUGUUAAUUUUGUUUCGGGUUCUACAAAGAAAUCACAAGUUGAUGUACACUUUAUGUCUGAAUCUGGAGUUAUUGAUGUAUUCUUCAUGUUAGGACCAAAACCUUUGGAUGUAUUUAGACAAUUUACCGUUUUAACUGGUACAGCACCAUUACCACAGAUGUUCACUUUGGGUUACCAUCAAUCACGUUGGAAUUAUAAUGACCAAGAUGAUGUUGCUCAAAUUGCCAAUAGUUUUGAUGAGCAUGAUUUUCCAAUGGAUACAAUGUGGCUUGAUAUUGAAUAUACUGAUGGUAAAAAAUAUUUCACAUGGGAUUCACGUAAAUUUCCAAAUCCACUUGAAAUGGUUCAAAAUUUAACGGAUAAAGGAAGGAAAUUAGUUGUCAUUAUUGACCCACACAUCAAAAGAGAUCCUAAUUAUUUCAUACAUAAAGAUGCUACUAAUUUAGGAUAUUACGUUAAAACUAGAGAUGGAAAAGAUUAUGAAGGUUGGUGCUGGCCAGGAGCAUCGUCGUAUUUAGAUUUCUUUGAUCCAAAGGUUCGAGAAUAUUAUAUUGGUCAAUAUAGUCUAGAUAAAUUUCAUGGUACUACAAACAAUGUAUAUAUCUGGAAUGACAUGAACGAACCGAGUGUUUUCAAUGGUCCAGAAGUAACUCUACCUAAAGAUGUUAUACAUUACGGUGGAUGGGAACAUAGAGAUGUUCAUAAUAUUAAUGGUUUUGUUUAUACGCUUGCCACCUAUGAGGCUCUCUUUAGAAGAUCAGGAGGAUCUUUAAGACCUUUUAUUUUAACAAGAUCUUUCUUUGCUGGAUCACAACGUUUUGCUGCUAUGUGGACUGGUGAUAAUACGGCAGACUGGGAUAAUCUUCGUAUAAGUUAUCCAAUGUGUCUUUCUAUAUCUAUUUCUGGCAUGUCAUUCUGUGGAGCAGAUGUUGGUGGAUUCUUUAAAAAUCCAGACAGAGAACUAUUUAUUAGAUGGAAUCAAGCUGGUGCUUGGCUACCUUUCUUCCGUCAACAUUCACACAUUGAAACAAAAAGACGGGAACCAUGGACAUUCAAUGAAGAAACUACACAAAUAGUAAGAGAAUCAUUCAGAGUUAGAUAUUCCUAUCUACCAUUGUGGUAUACAUUGUUUAGAGAACAUGAAAUAAAUGGUACACCUGUAAUACGACCGUUGUGGGCGCAUUAUUCAACAGAAACACAAACUUAUACACUCGAUGAUCAUAUACUUGUUGGAGAUUCCAUUCUUGUACGUCCCGUAUUUCAACCUUCUGCUACGGAAGUUAAUGUAUAUUUCCCAGGGGAGGGUAAGGUAACGUGGUAUGAUAUUGAUACCAUGCAACCAUAUACACAAGCUGGAUCAAACAACAUACAAGUAACUAUUCACAAGAUUCCUGUAUUCCAAAGAAGUGGUUCCAUCGUUCCACGUAAAAUGAGAAUACGUCGUAGCACAGUUGCGAUGAGGAACGAUCCAUAUACUUUAAUUGUUAUUGGUGAUAAUAAUGGUACUGCUAGUGGUAACCUGUAUAUUGAUGAUGAAAGCAGCUUUGAAUAUCGUCAUGGAAAGUAUCUGUAUCUAAAACUUAACUUUGAUGGAAUUAAGUUAACUUCAACAUUUAUUGAUAAAUUAGCUUCGUAUGAAACGAAAAGUUGGUUGGAAAGAGUAGAUAUAGCAAAUCCUCCUAAAGGAAUUAAAUCUGCUCAACUUAUAUCACGCAGUUCAAGAACGGUGACAUUAGAAACUAAAUAUAACCCGAACAACAAUGUACUAACAUUGCGUAAACCAGGUGUAAAUAUGAGCGAGGAAUGGACCAUUGAAUUAAUUCGUUAAAACUGAUUAUACUCAUAUCAAAUCAGAAAUUAUACAGCAGAAUUAAUUUUUUCAUGGUAAUAUCAAUCCUUCAGCCAUCUGUGAUCCAGAAAGUAAUGUAUGUUAAAGUAAAUACAAAUGCAAUUUAGUUGUUAUAAUAGUAAAAAUGCAUUUGUUACCUGAACAAAUUUCUUUUGUGACAUAGCUUUAUGCAAUCAAGCAGCAUAAAUUAAUAAAUAUUAUGUAUGUGGUAUCUUUCUUUGUAUCGCAUGCAUUAAGUUUUUUUAGAAAAAUAAACAAAUGUUAAGGAAA